AGCAGAGCUGCGACUGCCAGCCAAGUCCAGCUUGCUACUGAAGCGGGGCAGCUCGGAAACCGUGGCUGCUGCCCAGGAAGGGCAGUGAGGCACCUGCACCCAGUGGUCAGCUACCAACAGGCAGGCGCAGCCCUCUGGAUGACAGCCAUGGUCUGGCCACCUCCUGGCUGGCUCUGUGUGCUGGGGACCCUGCUGGGGCUCUCAACUGCCCUAGACCCCAGGAGCUGUCCAGAGAGGCACUACCGCUCUGCAGAGAAGCUGUGCUGCCAGAUGUGCAGGCCAGGGACAUUCCUGGUGAAGGAUUGUGACCAGCACUCAACAGCUGCUCAGUGUGACCCGUGUAAACCAGGUCUUUCCUUCUCUCCAGACUACCACAGCCGGCGCCACUGUGAAAGCUGUCGCCACUGUCAAGGUGUCUCCACUCGCAACUGCAACGUCACCACCAACACCCAGUGUGCCUGCCCCCAGGACUGGCAGUGCAGGGACACGGAGUGCACCGAGUGUGACCCUCUUCCAGGCCUGACCAUUCUUCCCGCUGCUGCCCAAGACGCACACCCUCUACCUGACCACCCAGCUUACACCAAGACCCAGGGGCCCCUGUGCAGCUCAGACUGUGUCCGUGUCUUCAUGAUCUUCUCCGGAAUGCUUCUGGUUUUCACCCUCGGCGGAGCCCUGUUUCUCUACCAACAGAGAAGAUGCCAAUCAAACAAAGGAGCAAACCCAGAGGAGUCUACAGAGCCCUGUCCUUACAGCUGCCCCCGCGAGGAGGAGGGCCACACAGUUCCCAUCCAGGAGGACCACCAAAAGCCAGAGCUGCCUUCCUACCCCUGACCAGUCAGGCAGGAGGGAAUGGCUGACCACAGGAAAGCUUUGGCCUCCUCUGCUCCGGUGGCCAUCCAAAGCAACAUCAGGAAGGAUUCCAGUCUCUUCUUUCCUCAAGACCUUUUGCCUUGACAAAGUGCCUUCUUAGACUGGCUGUGACAAGGACUUGAGCCCAGCAAGUCUGGCCCCUGCACUGCAGGAGGGCCUAGGUUCUGGCUGUAAAAUACACUUCUGGUGGUGAAA